AAACCUUGUUUUGAUUCCCAUUGUCAAUAUCAUAUAAAACUUCCUCUUUUUCUUUUUCUUUUUCUUCUUUUUCUUUUACUUUACUACAACAACAUGUCUCAAUGCUUUGUGUUAGUAGGUGGCAAUGACAGGAAAAUACUAUUGGAAAACACAACACACCCUUGCCCACGUUGCAAGCGUGAUGGCACAGUUCAACUCACCCGGUUUGAAAACGAAUUGAUCUUAUUCAACAAGCAUUUUGACUUACCAAAUCAUAUGCAAGUACGCUAUGCUUGUCGAGUCUGUCACUGGAAGAACGAAAACUUACCAGACGAUGACCCAUUUUUCCAAUGCAUACCUAAAGACAGCGACUUGUGUCCAUCAAAACACCAAGAUGAAUAUACUUCAGAUAUAUUCUUCUCUGAUCUUUGUAAAGUAAAUACAAGCUCAACUUACCAACUCACAAAAAGCAUGUCUACGUUGUCUUUAUGGAAACAAAAGGCAUCAUCACUCUGUAAAAAAGACUCUUUUGCUACUUCAUAACAGCA